AUGAAUGCCGUUGUACCUUCUGCCUCUGGUGAGAACCGCCCGGAUGAUAGCCCGGAGGUUGACCCCGCGCGGGUGUUACGCAAGGUGGAUCGGCGCCUGUUGCCACUGCUCUUCUUUACGUAUCUCCUCAACUUUAUGGACAAGAGCAUCCUGUCGAGUGCGUCUGUGUUUGGACUGAUCGAGGAUACGCACCUGGUCGGCCAGCAAUACAGUUGGGUGUCGAGUAUCUUCUACUUCGGGUAUUUCUUCUGGGAAUGGCCCACCAACUUGCUAAUCCCCCGUCUGCCCGUCGCCAAAUACCUGGCCAUCAACACCCUGUUCUGGGGCGCGGUGGUGGCCCUCACCGCCGCUUGCACCAAUUAUGGCGGGCUGCUGGCGGUGCGCUUCCUGCUGGGGGUGGCCGAAGCCACCAUCACGCCCGCCUUCAUGUUCAUCACCACGACGUGGUACACCCGCGAUGAGAUUCCCCUUCGCACGGGUGUUUGGUUUUCAGGUAACUCUGUGGGUGGCCUCGUCGCCAGUCUGUUAGCCUACGGAAUCGGACACAUCGACCAUCCUUUGAGUCCGUGGAUGUGGAUGUUCAUCAUCCUCGGAGUUGCCACCUUUCUGUGGGGGUUUGUCCUCUGGGCCCUACUCCCCGAUAGCAUCUCCAGCGCCAAAUUCCUCACCCCCGAGGAACGCGACUUCAUGGCCCAUCGCGCCAUGGUGGCGGGUACCGGUCGGACGGAGAAGACCACCUGGAAAUGGUCGCAAUUUGUGGAAUGUCUCUGCGACCCCAAGACGUGGCACUUGUUUGCCCUGGCCGUGCUGACCCAGAUCCCCAACGGUGGCACCCAGAAUUUCGGCAACCUGGUCAUCAAAUCGUUUGGAUUCACCUCCUUGCAGUCGACCCUGAUUGUCAUCCCGGCCAGUGUGAUCAGCGCAGGCACGAUUGCCUUGACCGGCUGGCUAGCCAGUAAAUCCCGGCAGAUGAAUUGCAUCCUGAUUGUGUGUAUCGUGGCGGUGUCUAUCACAGGGAGCGCCAUCAUUUACGCGCGGGCGCACCACGUCCCCCUGGGCGCCCAGCUGUUCGGCUACUUUCUGCUGUCGACGGGCCCAGGCGCGCUCCCGCUGAUCAUGUCCCUCCUGCAGGCCAAUUAUCGUGGUGUCACCAAAAAAAUGACCAUCACCACCUUGAUGUUUGUGGCGUAUUGUGCGGGCAACAUUGCGGGGCCACAGUUCUUCAAGUCCAGCGAGGCCCCGCUGUAUGAGACUUCCUUCCGGGCCAUCUUGAUCUGCUAUAUUAUUUCGGCUGCGUUGGCAGUAUCCUUGCGGUGUUAUCUGCAGUGGUUCAAUGCGAAACGCGAUCGGGAGGAAUGUAUCCAGGGCAACGCCGGACUGGCGGGGGCUGUCGGAGGCAAGAUGGUGGAUGAGCGACGGGAUGGGGCCAAUGUGUCGGUGCUGGUGCAGUCGGUCGAAUUGCAGGCAGAGGACUAUGAAGAUGCGACCGACUGGAAUACGGUGGGCUUUCGCUAUCGUCUGUAG